AUGGCAAACGAUACUUCCUUUGCCGCACAUGUUGCCCAUCAGUUCAAUUCGUACCAGCAAGACCGUUCCAUGGACUCCAAGCAAACCAUCUACGCCGCCAGCAAUGGUGUGCCUGCAGCUCAUCCCUACGAAGCUCAACGAGCAGGCGAGAGCGGUCCUCUACUUGUUCAGGACUUCCACCUGAUCGAUCUCAUUUCCCACUUCGACCGGGAGCGCAUCCCAGAACGUGUGGUCCACGCGAAGGGUACUGGUGCCCAUGGCUUCUUUGAGUGUACCAACCCUGCCGAUGAUCUAUCUUGUCUCGACAUCUGGAGUGCCAAAGGCAAGAAAUGCCCCGUCACGGUGCGAUUCUCUACCGUGGGUGGCGAGGCUGGCUCCCACGACUGUGCCCGAGACCCCCGAGGCUUCGCGGUCAAGUUCAGAACAGACGAGGGUAAUUGGGACCUGGUCGCCAACAAUACUCCCGUCUUCUUCUUGAGAGAUCCGGCCAAGUUCCCCCAUUUCAUCCACACACAAAAGAGACAUCCCUCCACGCACUUAACCCACGCAGACGACUCGACGAUGUUCUGGGAUUACUUUUCAAACAACCCUGAAACUAUUCAUCAGGUCAUGGUGUUGAUGGGGGACCGGGGCAUUCCUGAUGGCGUCCGAUUCAUGCAUGGCUAUUCCGGCCACGCACUGAAGCUCGUCAAAAAGAACGGCGACUGGAUUUAUUGCCAAAUCCAUAUGAAGUCCAUGCAGGGCACCAAGUUCCUGACCCAGGAAGAGUCUGCCACCAAAUCUCCCGACCACUCACAGAAGGAUCUCUACGAGGCUAUCCAACGUGGUGACUUCCCCAAGUGGUCCGUGGAGAUCCAAACCAUGACCCCCAAGCAGGCCGAAGAGGUCUGGGCCAAGCAGGGCAUCAACGUCUUGGACUUGACCCAUGUAUGGCCUCAGAAACAAUUUCCCCGGCGCAAAGUGGGCGAGUUCACGUUAAACGAGAAUGCUGUCAACUACUUUGCCGAAAUCGAGCAAGCGGCGUUCAGCCCUUCUCACAUGCCUCCUGGGAUCGAACCCUCAGCCGACCCAGUGCUGCAAUCCCGUCUCUUCUCCUACCCGGACACCCACCGCCACCGCCUGGGUACAAACUACCAACAACUCCCUGUCAAUGCGUCCCACACGGCCUACAAAUACGGGAACUUCCAACGUGACGGCCCCAUGGCAUUCUACAACCAAGGGGCCCGGGCCAACUAUCUCUCGUCCAUCGACCCCAUCCAGUUCCGCGAAAGAAGUGUCGACUAUGACAAGACACACGGCCAUUUCCAAGGCCAUGCCAUCACCUUCCUCUCCCAGAUCCGGCCCGAAGACUUCAACGCGCCACGCGCCCUGUGGGAGAAGGUCUUCGAUGAGCCAGCGCGGCAACGUUUCAUCAGCAACGUCACCGGCAAGAUGGAGGUCUGCAAGGACAAAGAGAUCCUGAAAAGGCAGAUUGCCAUCUUCCGCGAAGUCAGCGAGGACCUCGCCCAGCGCCUGGAGAAGUCGACAGGGAUCAAGGGCUACGAUGGGAUCAAGAACAUGAAGUUUAACGGCACCCACAAUGGCAUGAGUUCGGAUCCUGCCAUCAAGCAGGCCAACGGCGUGAAAGCUCCGACCUUCGCGAAUGACAACAACGGAGCACCGACUCCGGGGUCGCACGACAGCAUCCCAAAUGUCGCAUAG